AUGGGCGAUGCGGGUGAAAUUCAUCUUCAGAUUGCAGAAUCGGCCGGCGAUGCAGGUACACGAGGCGAAGAAGAAGCUCAAGGCGUAGCUGGCAAUGGCACGUCCCCGGCGCCAACGUCGGUGUCGGAGCGCGUACAAUGGUGGGCGGUGGUGCUCGUCAACGUCGUGCUCGUGCUCGCCGGGCAGAGCGUGGCGAACCUCCUCGGCAGGAUCUACUACGACCAGGGCGGCGGCAGCUUGUGGAUCGCCACGGUGGUUCAGUCCUGCGGCACGCCGCUCGCCAUCCCGCUGCUCCUCUACUUCCGGCGCCGCCCAAAGGCCACCGCGACCGCGGUGACGCGCCCGCCGCUCCUCAAGAUCUCGGCCAUCUACGCCGGCCUGGGGGUCCUCCUCGCCGGCGACAACCUGAUGUACUCCUACGCGCUGCUCUACCUGCCGCUGUCGACCUACUCGCUCGUCUGCGCGACGCAGCUCUCCUUCAACGCCGUCUUCUCCUACUUCCUCAACAAGCAGAGGUUCACCGCGCUCAUCCUCAACUCCGUCGUGCUGCUCACCUUCUCCGCGGCGCUGGUCGGUGUCAGCCACGGCUCGGACGGGACCAACAGCAGCGUCCCGCCGGGGAAGUUCCCGCUGGGGUUCGCGCUGACGCUGACGGCGUCGGCGCUCUUCUCCCUCAUCCUGUCCCUGAUGCAGCUGACAUUCGACAAGGUGCUCAGGAGCGACACCUUCCACGACGUGAUGGAGAUGCAGUUCUGGAGCAACACCGCCGCGGCCGUGGUGUCGGUGGCCGGGUUGUUCAUCUCCGGGGAGUGGAGCGCCCUGCACGGCGAGAUGGACGGGUACAGGCAGGGCAGGGUGGCCUACGGGAUGACGCUGGCCUGGACGGCCAUAUCGUGGCAGCUGACCACCAUGGGCCUGAUGGGGCUCGUCGCGGCCGUGUCGUCGCUCUUCACCAACGUGAUCAGCACUGUGGGGCUGCCGCUGUCGCCCAUCAUCGCCGUCAUCUUCCUCGGCGACCGGAUGGACGGGGUGAAGGUGCUGGCCAUGCUCGUUGCCGUCUGGGGCUUCUUGUCCUACAUCUACCAGCACUACCUUGAUGAUGCCAAGGUCAAGAAGAUACUAGCUGAGAGAUCAGCCGACGACGAUGACCAACACCGGACUGUAAAACUCGCUACAGAGUGA